AUGGUUGUUCCUGGCUUGAGGCAAGCUCCUUUGACCACCCAAACAUUCACUGUCAAGCACCUUUGACCAAGCAAACACUCACUCUCAGCUGCUUCUACAAGAGACCACCAGUCCAAGAUGCUAAAACCAAAGAACGCUGACUCGUCUUUCCACCCUUCCUGUAAAGCAGCUCCUGCAUAAUAGAUCAAGGAAACCAGAUUAAGGAGGAGAAAAGAAAUGAAUAAUUGAAGCGCAAUCAGGGGCAAUUCAGAGUAACUCGAGACCAAUGAGGGCCGCAUUUCGGUGGAUGGGAAACUGAAAGAGGAGACUGAGAGCCUGGCUUCCAUGUCACAGAGGUUAGCGAGGUCUGCAGAGGAAGGACGUGGAAAAAGCCACAUCGGAGCUGGAGGUACCUGCAUGGAGGCUGAAGAGAUGUGCCAGGCUGGAAGUUGCUAACGGUCCCUGGCUUCUGGCUCCUUCCUCAUGCAGUGACAUGGAGCAAUGGGUUAUGGAUUGGCAAGGAACCUUCAGUUUACGAGCCUCCUGAACAUCUUCUACAUCCUCCCUACGGUGGCUUAUGGUCAGCUGCUCCCUGUAGAUGAUACGAAGUAUGAGGAGCAGGUGGUCAAAGGGGUCCGGGAUCGCUCCGUGCUGCUGGCUUGCGGGGAGGUGGUCUUGCCCAUGAUCGUCUUCUGGAGCUUCACCAAACUGGGAACCCUGGUCCCCAGGGCUGUCGCCAUCAGCAACGGCCUGGAGUCCAAGGUGGAGAAGUCGGCAGUCCUUCUGGGGGAUGUGUCUCUGAGGAACAGCACGCUGGAGAUCGAGAAUCUCAAGCUGGCUGCAGAGGGACACUUCAUGUGCCAGGCGAUGUACGAAGAGGACGGUGAAAUCCGAGUGGCUUAUUUCUAUAUUGAGCUCAUUGUUUUGGUUCCCGUUUCCAAGCCCUUCCUGCAGAUGAACAAUUCAACGCCAGUGGAAGGCAUGCCCGUAGUGAUGAUGUGCACAGUGAGGGAGGGGACGCCCCCUGUCGAAUAUUCCUGGCAACGCCACACUAAUCGGGAUGGUCCGGUAGCUAUCGCAGAAGCCAUUGGAGCCCUAUUGAAUUUGACAUCAGCCAACCGGACACAGAUGGGUUGGUACACCUGCAUGGCCCAAAACGAAGUCAACAGCCAAACCAGUGAUAAGAUGUACCUUGACGUUAUCUAUGGGCCCGAUGAGCCAGUAAUCAGCAUCGAGCCAUUUGCUAUUAACCAACAUGGCUUCUCCGCCAACGAGCAGGAAGAGGUGACGAUGACAUGCCUGGCUCCUUCGAACCCACCCAGCCAUUACAUUUGGUUCUACAACAGCUCCCAGGUCUAUGCUGGACCCAAGUAUGUGAUCACCAGGAUCUCACGGACCCAGACAGGGACCUACACCUGCCUGGCCCAGAACACCCAUCUGAACACGCGGACGCAGACUACCAUCAUCUUGACUGUCUACUAUCUGCCCAAGGGGAAGCCUAGCUGUGUGCCGCUGCCCGCUGCCAAUUUCCAGAAGGUUGCUCUGCGCUGUUCGUGGCAGGGGGGGUUCCCCCCAGUGCUGCUGCGGUGGGUGAGAUCCGGACAGGAAGGGAACCACACAGCGACCUACUCCAAUGCCACCCAAGUCCACCAGGGCAUGGGCAUCCGCAACGGGAGCUCAUACACUUGCCUGGCCUCCCACCCAGGGCUGAGAGACGAUGCUGUCUGCAGGACCACUGUGUGGAUUCCCAGGGGUAGCCCCACUUGCUCAGCCGUGGCGACCAAGCAGAACGAGUUCCUCAUGCUGACUUGUGACUGGGCAGGGGGACAACCCCGAGUGACGCUCUGGUGGCGAGACUGGAGGGACCACGUGCUGGGCGGGCUCAAGCAAUCGCACAACAUCUUUGUCAUGAAAUCCAACACCACCCUUGGAGGCAAGGAAUUCACCUGCAUGGCCGCUCAUCCACUUCAUCCACGGGCUGCUGAGUGCCACGUCCGAUUGGAACCUCCUAAGCUUCUGGUAGAGAGAUCCAAGAUGUCACUCUUUGAAGGCAACGAGGUCCAGCUGGCCUGUCAUCUCCUAGGUGCCUAUCUGGGGUCCGAAGUCUUUUGGUACAACAACAGGAACCAGGUCAUUCGAGCAGAUGCACGGAAAUACAGACUGCAGCAGGAGAAUGCAUGGUUUAACGUGACCCUCCGGGAUACCGAGUGGAUGAAGGAUAGCGGCGUCUAUCGCUGUGCGGCAAUGAAUGCCGUAGGGAAUGCCUCGGUCAGCAUCAACCUCCAGGUUAAAAAGUACCCCAAGCCACCAAACGUGACCAUCAGCAAGCUGAUGUACAGCCGCCACCGCACUGAGGUGGACCUGGAGUGGCAGAUCCAAGGUGCGGGGAACCUGACCGGUUUUGUGGUCCAGAGAAGAGAAGCGAAAAAGGCCCCCAAAAUGCAGCCGAUCAGCACCUGGGAGACUGCGGCCAGUGAUAUUGACCCCGACGUCCGCGACCAGAAGUUGGGUGGACUGGAUCCCACGGUAGUGUAUGCCUUCCGUAUCCUGGCUGUCAACCACCGCACCACUGGGCACCCCUCCGAAGUGAAGACACCAGCCGACCCUCCUUUUAAUGCUUACCCUGCAGUGAUCGGGGCCGCGGUGGCAGGGAUGAUUGUGGCAACCGUCGCAUCCCUUCUGGUGUUCCAGUACAUUGUUCGGAACCGGGAGAACAAUCCGCGAUUACACGACCUCCUCUUCAGAAUGGCUGGUGUAGAAGCUCACGAGCACAUCAGCACUCCGGAAGAUGCUGAGACGGCAGCAGGGAUGGAGGGUGAAGCGAGUGAGCAGCCUGAAGAGCCCUCUGCUCCAGCUGGGGAAAUGUCCUCAGGAGCAGAAGGUGAGCUGCAGGAAGCUACAGUAGCCCCCGAAGAUUCACCGGAGGCCCAGGACGCUGCCGCCGCUGCGGAACCUGCUCCAGAGACCACUGGUGCUGAUGAUCCAGUUAAUGUCACUAUCACAGUCACGGCGACCCCUUGAUUGCCAGGAAAAUAAUCUCCUCGAGCCCUUUGGGGUGAUUCUCAUCAGCAGGACGACAGCAAGAUGGGGUUGGGCGAUUGCUUUAGUCCAGGAUUAGAACGUCAGAGCUUCCGAGUGUGGCCGCCAUUUUGGAACAGUUUGAGCCACAGCAUGAAAGCGGCUCUUGGCAUGAAGAAUGGGCUCAAUUUGAGCUGCUAUUUCCUCCUGGGGCAGGGGAGAUUUGGGGCCAGCAGGGACUGGCUGUAUGCCUUCGCUGACACUCUUGCUCUGCGCAUGGUUGCAGAUCAGACAGAGAGAGAUCUCAAACGGCAGAGUGCCCCUGUCAUCUGAUCGAUGGGAAGAACAUUGACCGCUAUUGAUGUCACGAUUGCUGUUAAACAGUCUGAUGCA